GUGUUUUUCAGUUUUUUUUCUCUCUGUUUAGAGGAACAAACAUCAGGUAGACCAUUCUGCAAGCUUUUCAACUUUGUAUCACCACUUAUCAGAAGAUUUUUGGAUUUACAUUAAGGGCAGUUUACUUUAUUACCUCUCUUUUUUAAGGCAUCAGCAGUGAAAUUCCCUUGGUAAACUGCACACCCAGAGUUCAGGCUGAAUUCAUUAAAGCACAAGGCUGACUGCAAAACAGACAUGAGGGUGCAAACUUUCUCAAGAGCACAAAUUCAACAGGAGUUUCAAUUUCACUGCCAGACACUCGCAGCCAACGACAACCGAGGCUUCAAACAGGAGUUUGAGGACCUUAAUGAUGUUGGCAAAGACCUCCCCACCAGAGCGGGCGACCUGGAGGCCAACAGAGAGAAGAAUAGAUACCCCUACAUAUUACCAUAUGACCACUGUCGGGUGAGGCUAUCUGUUCAGAACUCCUAUCCACACACCGACUACAUCAACGCUAAUUUUGUUCCUGGUGGAGGAUCAGAGAGAGACUUCAUCUGCACCCAGGGACCCUUACCUAGCACCAUGGCUGACUUCUGGAGGAUGGUGUGGGAGCAAAAUGUCAGGAUAAUCAUCAUGGUGACAGCGCUGAAACACAAGGACACAGUGCUGUGUGACAAAUACUGGCCUCUGAAUCGAGGGACAGUUUAUCACGGACUGAUCCAAGUGACGACACUGACCCGUAAACAUGGUCCAGAUUAUUUCAUCACCACCAUUAACCUCAGACAGAGAGAUUGUCCAACAGACAGGAUAAUCACACACUACUACUACCCUACCUGGCCUGACCGGGGCGUCCCGAAAAACCCAUCCUCCCUCUGUAUCUUCACCGAACAUGUCCGGCAGCAUUUGCAAACCAUACCACGCUUAGGGCCAGCUGUGGUGCACUGCAGUGCAGGUGUCGGUCGUUCGGGGACAUUUGUCACACUGUUGUGGCUGAUGCAGCUCUGUGCGAGGGGCAUCAAGCCUGAUAUCCGAGCAGCUGUGGAAGACUUGCGGCUACAUCGGAUGUGGAUGGUUCAGAAUCUGGAGCAGUACAUAUUUAUCCAUCAGUGUCUGUUACACUGGCUUUAUGGAGGAACAUCACAAAGCCCUCAACCUCAGGGAGCCAGUUCAACUCUGAGCCGCCACAGUCAGGAGCGACCCAGCAGCUCCUCAGGACGGGGCAACCAAGCAGGGCGGCAACAUCACCACCAUCAUCGGCAGCCCCAGAGUACAAGGCAGAGUUUACAUCCUGGGAACCUACUGAGAAGGUUACUGCCAUCAUCAUUGGCGUUCAAUCCAGGUUCACACAACUCCUGAACUCGCCAAAUGGAAGUGAAAAUACAUGCAUGAAAAUGGGGGAAAAAGACCCCAAAAUGCCCUCAUACCUGCACCUGGACAGGAAGGGCAAAAGCUGCAGCUAUGCUGCAGUGUUCUGUGACCAGGGCCCUGCAGGCAGAAAACUGGCCUGACAACAUGCAGAUACAAGCUGGAAAAAGACCACAGACACAGCACUUCCUAUUGUUACCAGAGGGAAAGAUUAAGGAGAGCGACUGUCAGUCAGGUUGAACUGGUUUCUCUUCUGUGAAUCACUUACCCUGAGAUUCAUGGGAACAAUAAUGAGGCUGACACUUGUGCAUAAAAUGAAAUUCUGAGGAGCACACAAGUUUGUCAGACAGGUCCCUAUAAAUGGAAAAAGACACCGUUAACCACAAUGACCUGCUGUGUACAGAUAUACCUUGUCUUGUUUUAAACAAUGUUUGUAAAAUUCAAUUUUGUGACUUUGUUUGCCUGGUAAAAUGAUGUGAGAUGACUUUUAUUCAGUUUUUUUCUGAAAAACUCACUGUGCAUCAUUAUAUAUCACACAAUGCAGUAUGUUAGUAUGUAAAGAUGCAUGUGCAGAGUUGAUAGCAGAGAUGCUACAAAGGCAGACACAUGGUGUAGUGGCUGUACAAAAAAGGUCAUGUUUCAAAAACACACAGGCACUGCCUUUCUCCUUAGAUGACUGAAACCUCUUACAGUACAUGAAGGAGCUAUGAGUAUAAUACAUUAUAGAACAUUAAGGGCUAACCCACUUUUUUAGUCUUUCAUCUGUUGUGUAAUAAACAUGUAUAUUACAAUAGAUCCCUCAUCGGGUGAGUUUGGGGGAAGUUGGUUCCAGCAGAAGUCAGCAUCGUCCUACCUCUAACACAUCUCCACCUUGUGGCAAGUGCUAGUGGUUGCAUGUCAUGUAAUGACAACGUAUUGCGAGAAAGUCUGUGUCCUGAU